CAUAACGAAACUCUGGUUCCCUGACUCCAUGGUUGAGGCCUGAGAUUGGGCCUACAGUAGUACAGUACGUAAGUUGAUUUUUACCUGACCUGGGAGUGGGUGUUUAGAAAGAGUUCAGGAGUCCGUGUAUGUCGUUUAUGCGACGCAUAUUCUCUCGUGUUACCAGCGCCAGGUACCAAAAUUUGCAGAAUGUCGACAACAACAGCACCCUACAGUCUGGAGCCAUUAAAAUUGGGAGCUGUGGCCAGAGGCUUAAAUCUGAAGGACAACGUUUCUCCGGAGGUUAUAGCGCAGAUCAAGCAAGAUGUCACAAAGCACCACAUACUUAUCUUUAAAGAUCAGGGUGUAAUAAGUGGGGAUAGGCAUGUAGAAAUCAGCCAGUGGUUUGGAGAGCUAGAAAGCACCUUCUACAAGCAUCCAAAGUCUCCGCAUCCCGAUGUGUUUCGGGUGUCAAACGAUAAAACAGAAGGCUGCACGGGAGUUGGGAGGACGGGCUGGCACAUCGACGGCAGUUUUCAGCCCGCUCCAUUCGCAUACGCUCUCUAUCACAUGGUCUCGGUUCCCCAGAAUGGAGGAAACACGGAGUAUGUAGAUCUGCAUGCAUUGGUUAAGAGCCUCGGCAAAGAUCAGAGAAGGAGGUGGGAUCAAUUAUGGAUGGUCAGCGAUAGGCGUUCCACGAGCCCUCGUCCUCUCAUCUUCUCUCACCCGAUCACAAAACAAAAGACUCUGUGCUUUCACCUGGGCAUGACAGAGGCAUUCAUAUGGGACAAGGGAACGCAGCAGGAGCGAUACACCAACCUCAAAGAGACGGGAGAGAUACUCGAUGAGAUAUAUCGUGAGAUUGUGAAAAACGAUGGAGAGUUGAUCUACUCACACAAGUGGGAGGUUGGAGAUUUUAUCAUGUCCGACAACUUGUCUGUUGGCCAUGAGGCAAGUCCGUCUACACAGCAUCAUAGGAACAGCAUCGGGCUAAGAGUGCUUCAUCGCACAACUGUAAAAGGCAUUCACUCACCAACCAAGGAGUACGACCCAGAUACAGAGGAUUAGGUGUAGAUCCAGCGUCUAUCUAUGAUGCAGGUCAUAUGUCAUGUCAAUGUGAUGACAUGUCACAGAUCAAUGUCAUGACAUAUCACAGAUCACAGAUCAAUGUCAUGACAGAUCACAGAUCAAUGUCAUGACAGAUCACAGAUCAAUGUCAUGACAGAUCACAGGUCAAUGUCAUGACACGUCACAGAUCAAUGUCAUGACAGAUCAAAGAUCAAUGUCAUGACACAUCACAGAUCACAGAGUCAAUGUUGCGCAUAACAGACAAUACAGUGUGAUUUUUUAUGCUUGUGGUCUUGCCAAUAUUUUGCGAUGUUUACCUGCUGUUAUGAAUUACAGAAUGUGAUUAAGUUUUACUACAUUUUAUAACCAACUUGUAUCAAGUAUAAAUUUUAUACGAUUUGAUUAUGAUUUCCGAUGAUCAUGACCUAUAUGUAACAAGAUUGGGGUUAUUUAACUAUGUUAUACGACAUGUGAUACUAGUGAUAUGUAAAGUAUAUAUUAACGCUGUUAAGUUUUAAUGUGCUGUCAUUUUGUUUAAUGACAUUUCACAGUAGCAAUCUGUAGAUAAGAUUUCUCAAGACAGUUGAUAGAUGGUGGAAAAUAUAUUGUAAGCAAGUUAGACAUUUAAGCUGUGCAGAUAUUAGACAUGUUUAAGUAUAACACUCCUGCUUUGCAAGCAUUUCAACUACAAUCUGAAUAACGUAAAUGUGCAGCUGUUCUGUUUUACAUGCUCGUGUUGUGAUGUGUGUGGCAACUACCUAAAAAAGCUAAAAGUAAAAUAUACCAGAAAUAUGAUGUUUGUACUUCUACGCUUUAAGCGAACAGUAAAAUGUAAUGUAAAUGUAGUACCAACUAUAAAAAAUCCGACUAUCAUUAAAACUCCCGACUAAAACUUUA